GCCAAUAAAACUAAUAUUCUGUCGAAACUGCUUUUCCCAUCCAUCGUAUCCAUCUGUCCAUGAGUACGGGACAACAGCAGUUAGCAGCUGGCAGCCGCAAUAAUGUCUGUAGUGGAUAAAAUUAAGCAUUAUCAGCGAAAUAUUGAAAAAUGUGAUGACAAUGAGGAUAGAAUACUACAUUGUAUCUCAAAACUAACUAAUCUGCCAGUAACAGUGCAACAUCUCCAAGAAACUGGUGUAGGACGUACUGUAAAUGCUUUAAGAAAAUAUGAUGGUGGUAUAGGAGAUGCUGCUAAGGCACUUGUGGCAAAAUGGAAAGCAAUGGUAGCUAGUGAAGAAACUAGUGAAGGUGAAGAGGAGGAUGAAGCAUGUGUUCCUGAUGCACCUGAAAGUUAUAGCGACAGUCGAGAGUCACCGAAGUCUGAAGAAAUUUCAACAAGACACAAAAAUGAAGGAAAUGGGAAACAUAUACAUAGGCAUAAAUCAGAGAAAACUGAAGCAUCACAUACAUCACACAAUAACAAACAUGCUUUCAAACAUGAAUUGAAAUUAAAACCUAUUGAAUCUCAAUCAAAAGGUAAUAGUGAUAUUGCUAAAGGUUCAAGUAAUGAUUCAGAAAAACAAAAGAAGCACGAUAAAAGUAAACAUAGUCAUAAACAUGAAUCAAGAAGUGACAAAAAGUCUUCAAAGGAUAAUAAAAGUGCCUCUAAGAAAGAUGAAAUUCAUGGUUCUAAACACCAUAAUCAUACUAAGUCUGAUAAUACAGAGAAAUUCUCUAAUAGGUCAACUGAUAAUGGCACUAUAUGGAAAAACAAUGAAGAUAAUCAUAAAAAACGAAAAAAUGAUGAUUCAAGUAUUAUGAAGAAAGAAAAUAAACGAAGAAAAAAUUCAGAAAGUGAAAGUGAUGAAGGCAAACAUGUAGCCUUUAGUUCUGAAAAGCAUAAUAGUAGUAGUACAUUAAAUAUGGUUAAAGUAAAAGAAGAACCUAAGGAUAAAGAUAUAUUAACUAAAAAUGAAAUUAAACUUGAAAAGAAAGAUUCUGAGGAAAAAUUGAAGGCAAGUUCUAGCAAACAUCGAAGUGAUUCUUCUAAUAAUAAAGCAAAAGAUACCGGAGAGAAACAUAAACAUAAAAGUGAGACACAUACAAAUCAUAAUAAAGAUGAAACAAAGAAAUGUGAUUCUAAUAAAGAAUCAUUGGAAUCAAAGCUUCAUAAUAGUUCUUCUAGUGAUAAGCAUCAUGAUAAAAGUAAGGAUAGAAGCAAGAAAAAGGAUCUUAAUGAUGGAAAAAAUAAACAUGAAAGCAAAAGCAGUAAAGAUUCAAAGUACUCUAAGCAUGGAUCAAAAGAACCAAAAGAUUUAACAAAAAUAAAGCAAGAAAUUAAUGGUGAUGAAGGAAUAGAUUGCCAUUCUGGUGCCAGUUUUGCAGAGGCAUUAGGUAUGUGUACAAUGGCUCAACCAUCCAAAAAACGUAUUAACAAUUCUCCAAAUACAAGUUCAGCAAAAGUGAUCAAAAUAGAACCACCAACUACAAGUAAUAAAAAACCAACAGUUAAAACUGAAUCAACAAGUGAUACUUUACAAACGCCAUCUCUUUUAACAUCAAAUGUAAAGUUGGAACCAUUAAGUGUAGAUUUGGCAUCUACACUACCUGAAAUUAGUCCUAAUUACAAGCCACUGCCAUAUAUUAAUCCUAUUCAUCGUAAAGAAGAAGAUAAAGCUCUUACAGAUGUGAUUUACGUCAAAAAUCAAAGGUAUAUUUCUAAAUAUUACAAAGAUGGUAGUGUUACUGUAUUAAAUAUUGAAUAAUAUUUUAUAAAUAUUUUGUAAGUAUCUUUCUUGUUAUUAUAUAUAGCACUUGAAUUCACGGGUGGUGUGCCUUUUGAUAUCAUAAAACCUGUGUUGGAACGUGCUACGGCAGAUCAGUUAUUUAUGUUGGAACAUUAUAAUCCUUAUUUAAUUGAAGACACAGACAGCUUAUGGCAAUUCCAUUGUAACCGUGAAUUUAGAAAUAAGCAAAGAGAAGAAAUGGAAACAUGGCGCGAGAUGUAUAUGCGAUGUCUUGAUGAAAGGGAAGCGAAACUAAAAACGCUCACAGCUAAUAUAAAGCAAUCAAUAGAUAAAUCGGUUCCAGUAAGAUCCACUAAACUUGCGUAUGUAGAUAAUGUAGUUAAACCUCCAAGAAAUAUUCUUAAGAAGCAAGCUAAAUAUGGUACUGCAAAUUCUGUACCUAAUACCGCAUCUAGUUUAAAAAAGAAAUUAAUUAGUGGUGGAGGUCCUACUGCUGCCACAAAUAUCGCUGUUCCACCGCCACCUAUACCUCGUGCAAAGACAUUGAAGAAAACAAAAGCACCAUUAAUGGCAAAAGCUCUACAGUUAAUAAAAGGACGUUACAAACGGUAG